CCGAAACUAAUCGGAUUCAAAGAAAAGAAGCAAUUACUUAGCAGUGAGAAAUCACGGAAAUCCUGAGAACAGGAAGUUAAGAUCUAGGUAAAAAAUGACGGGAAGAGCUCGUGCAAGGGCCCGCGGAAGAGCUCGUGGUCAGGAACCAACACUUCCACCUGGACAGGGGCAAAGACCUUCCCAGACGCCACAGGGUCCUGGGCGUCCAACAGUGGCACCAGAGCUUGGCCCUCCACCUCAAGCAUCAUGGGCAGGGCGUCCAGGGCAAGGACCUGGUCCUGCACGACCUCCACAAAGACAAGAGCCAUUCCGUCCACCACAGGCGCCAGUUGAGAGACCACCACCAGGGGAGCCAGAAUUUGUCGGACGUGGACGUCAGAGGGGAAUUCCUGCUGCUGCAAGGCCGUCGGCAGAAGUAUUGCAGAUCUCUGCUGGCUUUCAAGAUAUAUCCCUUGGUGAACGUGGUGGCCGUAGACGAGACUUUCAUGAUCUUGGUGUAAAUACUAGACAGACCAUAGAGCAUGUUAAACAGUCUAAAACAGGUGUCUCUGGGAGUACGAUUCAGCUGAGUACAAACCACAUUAAAUUGGUAUCUCGCCCUCAGUGGGUUUUGUUUCAGUAUCAUAUUGAUUACAACCCGCCAAUGGAGUCAAUUCGCUUGAGAAGUGCUUUGCUGUACCAACAUGAGGAGUUAAUAGGCAAAGCACGCGCGUUUGACGGAACAAUAUUAUUUUUGCCAAAAAGACUUAACAAGGUUACUGAGGUGUUCAGUCAAACCAGGAAUGGAGAAAAUGUGAAAAUUACAAUUACUUUAACAAACGAAUUGCCACCUACUUCACCUACAUGCUUUCAUUUCUACAAUAUUAUUUUCAAAAGACUUCUCAAGAUGAUGAACAUGAAACAGAUUGGGCGUAAUUACUACAAUGCGAGUGAUCCAAUUGAGAUAAAGAAACACAACUUAAUUAUAUGGCCGGGAUUCGCAACUUCUAUUCUACAGUAUGAGACUAGCAUUAUGUUGUGUAUAGACGUGAGCCACAAAGUCCUAAGAGAUGAAACUGUUCAUGAUCUGAUGUCCAAUAUCUACGCUACGCAAGGAGGACAAUAUUUCAGAGAUAUCUGCACAAAAGAACUAAUUGGGCAAAUAGUUCUUACUAAGUACAACAACAGGACUUAUCGCAUUGAUGAGAUCUGCUGGAAUAUGACCCCGUUGUCAACAUUUAAGAAAUAUGAUGGCACCGAGAUAAGCUUCGUAGAUUAUUAUCAAUCGCAACAUAACAAAACCAUCAGAGACUUGAAGCAGGUCCUGCUUGCCAACAUCCCAAGAAAAUCAAAACCCGGAGAAACAACUGGCCCGCUUAUUCUGGUCCCAGAGUUGUGUCACCUAACAGGUUUAACUGAUAGGAUGAGGAGUGAUUUUACCGUGAUGAGAGAUCUGGCUGUUCACACUCGAUUACCACCUGAUCAAAGAGAAAAGCAAGUGGGACGAUUCCUAGACUACAUUCACAAGGAUGAAGCUGUUCAAAAGGAGCUUCGAGACUGGGGUCUAAACUUUGACAACAGACUCCUGCAGUUCACUGGUAGAGUAGCUCCAGCAGAAAAGAUUCUGCAAGCUGGAAGAACUGCUGAAUACAAUCCACAGUUUGCAGACUGGUCAAGAGAGUUGAGAGGGCAAACGCUGAUCAGCGUGAAGCAUUUAGACAACUGGAUUCUGUUGUACACACGAAGGAACUACGAUGCUGCAAAUACACUUCUACAAAACUUGUUUAAAGUGAAUCAGCAAAUGGGAAUUAGAAUGAACAAAGCCAUGAUGGUUGAGGUAGAUGACACUGCAAACGCAUAUGUAAGGGCUAUGCAACAAAACGUAACGCCCAACACACAGAUGGUGGUUUGCAUUUUGUCCAGUAAUCACAAGGGUAAAUACGAUACCAUCAAGAAGUACCUGUGUACGGACAUCCCCACUCCGAGCCAGUGUGUGAUUGCGAGGACUCUGAGCAAACCCCAAACGGUUUUGUCUGUUGCUUCCAAGAUUGCUUUGCAGAUUAAUUGUAAAAUGGGAGGAGAACUCUGGAGCGUGGAAAUACCGCUUCAAGACAUGAUGAUUAUUGGCAUUGAUUGCUAUCACGAUACCUUAUCUGGGAGAAGAUCGAUUGCUGGAUUUGUUGCCAGUAUGAACAAAGGCUUGACACGUUGGUUUUCUCGCUGCAUUGUGCAAGACCAAAAGCAAGAGAUUGUGGAUGGCCUGAAAGUCUGUAUGUUAGCUUGUUUACGUGCCUGGGCCAGCUGCAACAAGAAUUUGCCAAGUCGUAUCCUAAUCUACCGGGAUGGAGUUGGAGACGGUCAGCUGAAAAUAUUGGUUAAUUAUGAGAUUCCCCAGUUUAUGGAUUGCAUAAGGUCCGCGGAACAAAACUACAAUCCCAAACUGACCGUUAUUGUGGUAAAGAAAAGAAUCAAUGCCAGAUUCUUUGGGCAUUUCGGUGACAGGCUCCAAAACCCACCUCCAGGGACAAUUGUUGAUGUUGAAGUCACCAGACCUGAAUGGUACGACUUCUUCAUAAUCAGCCAGUCUGUUCGAAUUGGCACGGUCUCCCCAACUCACUACAAUGUGGUUUAUGACAGUGGGGCUUUAAAACCAGACCACAUGCAAAGGCUAACCUACAAGCUGUGCCAUCUUUACUAUAACUGGCCUGGGGUUAUCAGAGUGCCUGCUCCUUGUCAAUAUGCACAUAAACUCGCCUUCUUGGUGGGACAAAGCAUUCACAGGGAGCCACAUGUAUCUUUGUCAAAUCUCCUCUAUUACUUAUAG